GGCGCGGAGGGGCUGGGGCGCGUCGGGGGCCGCGGGGCUGCGGGUUCGAGGCCCGGCCGAGAUUCCGAGCUCGGGGCGUCCCCGGCCGGCGCCCCCGACACGCGGGCUGACUCUCCAGCGGGGGUCCCGGGGACGCGAGGCUCCAUGUCCCGCCGGCUGCUGACCCGGGGCGACCCGCCGGCGUCCGCGCUGUCCAGAGGAGGACCCAGAGCCCCGCGCCCGCGGGUGCCCAAGUGAGGCCCGAGUUGCCAGCCCCUGGGAGCUGAGACCUGCAGAAGGGGGAGCCGGGGCCGGACCCCGUUGGGCGCACAUGGCCAGGUACCUGCAGCAGGUGCCGAGUUUGCUCGGGCUCCUGCUCACGAUGGCGGAGACGGUGUCCGGGACCAGCGGUCCGCCGCCGCCAGGGUCCCUGCAGUUCCUGCCCACCAGGGAGAGCCGGAUCCCCAUGGGAGAUUGCCGGGGGGUGUGUGACCUGAACGCGUCGGCUCGCUGCGUCUUCGUGCGCACCAACCCGGACUGCCACAGCCCCGGCGGCUACCUGGACUACCUGGCCGGCAUCUUCUGCCACUUUCCCGCACACCUGCUGCCUCUGGCCAUCGUCCUUUACGCCCUCUGGCUGCUCUACCUGUUCCUGAUUCUUGGGGUCACCGCGGCCAAGUUCUUCUGCCCGAACUUGUCAGCCAUCUGCACCAGCCUCAAGCUGUCCCACAAUGUGGCAGGCGUCACCUUCCUGGCCUUCGGCAACGGGGCCCCCGAUAUCUUCAGCGCGCUGGUGGCCUUCUCGGACCCGCGCACGGCUGGCCUGGCUGUGGGGGCGCUGUUCGGCGCCGGCGUGCUGGUCACCACGGUGGUGGCAGGGGGCAUCGCCAUCCUGCGCCCCUUCACGGCCGCCUCCAGGCCCUUCCUCCGAGACGUCUCCUUCUACCUGGUGGCCACGUUCCUGACCUUCACCGCGUGCUACCUGGGCAAGGUCACGCUGGUCUGGGCCCUGGUCUGCCUGGGCCUGUAUGCCUUCUACGUGGUCACCGUGGUUCUCUGCACCUGGGCCUAUCGCUGGCAGCGGCGGCGAGCGCUGGCCUGCUCCAUACCCGGGACCCCAGCAGAGCUGCCGUCCGACUCCGAGGAGGACCCAAUGUCCUCCAGCACCUACAGCUCCGACUACUGUGGGGAGGAGUUCCGGCCGAUGCUGUUCUACCAGGAGCCCACGGCACGCAUCCUGGCCCGCGGCCUCAGCCCCCUGGACAGCAGGACGUGGAGGGCCAAGUCCACCACCUGGAGGGUCCUCAAGGUGCUCAAGCUGCCCGUGGAGUUCCUGCUUCUCCUCACUGUCCCCGUGGUGGACCCCGACAAGGAUGACCGGAACUGGAAGCGGCCCCUCAACUGCCUGCACCUACUCCUCAGCCCCUUGGUCGUGGUCCUCACCUUGCACUCAGGGACCUAUGGCGUCUACGAGAUCGGGGGCCUCCUGCCUGUCUGGGCCGUGGUGGUGGUCGCAGGCACAGGCUUGGCUACAGUGACCUUCUUCGCCACAUCCAACAGUGAACCCCCCCGGCUCCACUUGCUCUGGGCCUUCCUCGGCUUCCUGACCAGCGCGCUGUGGAUCAACACGGCCGCCACCGAGGUGGUGAACAUCUUGCGGUCCCUGGGCGUGGUCUUCCGGCUGAGCAACACUGUCCUGGGCCUCACCCUGCUGGCCUGGGGCAACAGCAUCGGAGACGUCUUCUCGGACUUCACGCUGGCGCGCCAGGGCUACCCGCGGAUGGCCUUCUCCGCCUGCUUCGGCGGCAUCAUCUUCAACAUGCUGGUGGGCGUGGGCCUGGGCUGUCUGCUGCAGCUGUCCAGGGGCAUCCCGGAGGUGAAGCUGGAGCCCGAAGGCCUGCUGGUGUGGGUGCUGGCAGGCGCCCUGGGGCUCAGCCUCGUCUGCUCCCUGGUGGCCGUGCCCCUGCGCCACUUCCAGCUGGGCCGCGCCCACGGCUGCUGCAUGCUGCUCUUCUACCUGGGCUUCCUGCUGGUGGCGCUGCUCACCGAGUUCGGGGUGAUUCGCCCGCGGAGCGUGUGAGCGCCGCCCUGCUGGCCGGGAGGUAUCGCUGCGGGCAGCGAAGGCCGGGUCCUUCCCAGGGUGGCCAAGAUCCCCCGAGGGUGCGGGUGCGGGGCUGGCCCCCUGGUGCUCCCGCGGCCACCUACCAGCUGCAUCUUUACCUUGGGCCCUGAGUGACCACCAGCCCCUGGACUUGGACCAAAUGUUUGGAGUCUUGGCUGCCCCGGGAGACAGCAGGACUGCAGCUCUGGACACGUGCGGCGGGAACCUUCCCACUGGGACCUUGGAAUUAAUGCAACGGAUUCUUGCACUGUUGCACGCUGGCCCGUGGCGUGGCCGCGGCUGCCCCCCGCUGCAGACACCUCUCCCUGGACCUGGCUCCCAGCCGCCAGCAGGAGCCCGUCUCUGUGCCUACCUCAGGGGAGCCCGGGCUGGGGGGUCCCGGGCCCUGCCCGCCAGCGCCACCCCCUCCCGGCAGCCUCCGCUGCUCGCUGCCUUGGGCCGCACCUGCCUCUUCUCCAGUGCCAAGUGAGGAAAUGCUGCAAGCACCCGGAUCGCGCCUGCUCCCUGCUCUCCCGGCACCCUGGGGUCCCUGGCCCCCUCCCCAGCCGGAAUCAAGAGGCGCAGCCUGUACAAAGCUGAGGCGCCUUUAUUCACGUGCCGGAGUCGCGCCGACGCCGGGUCUCCUGGGUAACAAAUCGCCAACGUACAAACCGAAAUGCG